UUACUUCUAGAACCAAAGAAUCGAACCAAAAUAUAAUUAAAUACAAUGAAUACGAACUUAAAACAUAAAAUCAUACAAAAUAAUAAUAAUCUAAAUUACAAGUAAAAUAUAUUUCACCCGUAGGGCGAGACCGACUCUAGUAUAUACAUAAAAAGAUGAUAAAACUUUGGAAGUACAAAUUGAUAGAAAAUUAAAUGGUAUAAUUGGAGAAAAACAAAUACAGAAAGGAAAGAGAUAAUCAAGGGGAGAACACAAUUUUCCUUUGCCUUCAAAUGUAUUGAAGGGACCUUUUCCUCCCUCCACUUCUCCACUUUCUUUGGGAACAAAGAAAAUACUUUCUCUCCAUCCAUUUCUCUUCCUCUAUUUUCUUAAUUAAUCAAUGUCUCUUUUUUUCAUAAUAUCCACUUUUGUCUUCGUUCCAAGACAACAAUUCUCAUGUUCCCACAAAAAGAAACUAGAAUAAUUCAUUAGAAGUUAACCUUUUCGUGUAAAAUUUCCUCCAUCUCCAUGGUUUCCCCAAUCUUCAGACAUGGAAGGUUUCUCUGACCUGGAAGACUUGCCUUGCCUUCUCUCUAGCAAUGUUGUCGAAGCGCGGAAAGAAGCUUGACUCCUCUGAGGUAGGUACAUGCGAGGCUGCCCUAAGUACAAUGAUAUACGUAUUUCCAACUAAAAUGUUAUUUUUCUAUUUUCUUGUGCAGUCAAGUCAUCAUGUCUCGUCCUUGGGGCCAAAAGAAUCAGCUAAUUUUACCGAUUAUCCACCGUUGAAUAUCAUUCAUCCAACUCCACAACCACGCAGAGAGAUGCAGAAGCCAUUGUUUGAUCAUAAAAAGAUGGAAAAUCUUAUACAAACAGAGCCUGCUGGGUCCAACAGUCACUACUGUCCUCUCCCCAGUAAAAAAGUCUCAUCCUCCACAACCACACAAAGAGAUGCAGAAGCCAUUGUUCAUCAAUCUCCACAACCACGCAAAGAGAUGCAGAAGCCAAUGUUCGACCCCAAGAAGAUGGAAAAUCUUAUAAAACCAGAGCCGGCUGGGUUUAGUAAUCACCACCGUCCUGUCCCCAGCCCAAAAAUUCCAUCCAGCACCACGCUAAGAGAUGCAGCAACCAUUGUUCAUCAAUCUCCACAACCACACAAAGAGAUGCAUAAGACAUCGUUCGAUCCCAAGAAGCUGGACAAUCUUACAAAACCAGAGCCCGCUGGGUUCAGCAAUCACCACCGUCCUGUGCCCAGUCCAAAAAUCCCAUCAUCACCUGGUUCCAACAUGACCGAGUCACAACUGGUCAAUACAUCAAACUCAAACACCAAACCAAACAACAAUAGUAACGGCAGUAGCAACAUGAGUUCAAGAAAUAACAGCAUCGAGAGCACUUCCUCUAACCCUUCUAAGCCACACACAGGUGGUGACAUCAGGUGGGACGCUGUGAACAUGUUGACCUCUAAAGGAGUCCAGCUCGGGAUCAGCGACUUCCGGCUUCUGAAACGGCUCGGUUAUGGAGACAUUGGGAGUGUUUACCUAGUUGAGCUCAGAGGUACCAACACAUUUUUUGCCAUGAAAGUGAUGGACAAGGCUUCCUUGGUUAGUAGGAACAAGCUGUUGCGAGCUCAAACAGAGAGAGAGAUUUUAUCUCAGCUUGAUCACCCGUUCUUGCCCACAUUAUACUCCCAUUUCGAGACUGACAAAGUCUAUUGCCUGGUCAUGGAGUUCUGCGGGGGUGGCAAUCUCUAUUCCUUGAGACAGAAGCAACCCAACAAAUGGUUUACUGAAGACGCCGCAAGAUUGUUUGCUUCUGAAGUGCUAUUGGCAUUAGAGUAUUUACACAUGCUCGGAAUCGUAUACCGUGAUUUGAAGCCAGAGAAUGUUCUGGUCAGAGACGACGGGCACAUCAUGCUCUCAGACUUCGAUCUCUCCCUCCGAUGUUCCGUCAAUCCAACUCUCGUCAACUCCUCCUCUGGCGGGGGAAGCGGUCGUCCCGUCGGAUUCAUCGAAGAGGAAUCCACAGCCCAAGCCUCCACGUUCUUCCCACGUAUCCUGCAAUCCACUAGAAAGAACCGUAAGGCCAAAUCGGACUUCGGACUAUUCGUAAACGGAUCAAUGCCGGAGCUCAUGGCAGAGCCCACAAACGUGAAAUCAAUGUCAUUCGUAGGGACACACGAGUACUUAGCACCGGAGAUCAUCCGAGGAGAAGGACACGGAAGCGCAGUGGACUGGUGGACGUUAGGGAUCUUCAUCUACGAGCUUCUCUAUGGUUCGACGCCUUUUAAAGGACAAGAGAACCGCGCGACGCUCCACAACGUGAUCAAACAAGCGCUGAGAUUCCCGGAUCUCCCUCACGUGAGCUCAGCCGCGAGGGAUCUGAUCAAGGGACUGUUGGUUAAGGAGCCGCAGAAACGGAUCGCUUAUAAACGAGGCGCGACGGAGAUUAAGCAGCAUCCAUUCUUCGAAGGGGUGAAUUGGGCGUUGAUACGGAGCGCUACGCCGCCGCACAUACCUGAACCGGUGGAUUUCACGGCGUUCGCAAGUAAGGGAGAUGGCGGGAAGAAGAGUAACACUAAUCGCAAUGAUCCUGACUACAAUGAUUUUGAAUACUUUUAGCAAUUUAUAAUCACUAUACAUUAUACACCUCCUUUCAAACAUUUAAAUUUAAUUAUUACUCUUUUUGUUGUCUUUAUUUAUUUAGAGUUCAAUAUCAAGUGUAUAAAAACAAGAAUUUAAUUCCAACUAUUUGUAAUUUUGUAUAUAUAUCAAAUCAAAUGCGCCACUACAAGAAAACAUG